AUGCUGAAAUUACUUUCUGCUUGCUUUGGCGAUGCCAAUCUGUACUACGAUAUUAAUUUGCAUCCUAAAAAUUGCUCCCUAUAAAUGGUCAGGAGAUUGAUCACGGUCAUCGUCAAUAUCAGAUCUGUAAGACUCGAAAGAGAUUUAGUAAGAGUGUGGGCUAGAUCUAGAGAGUACAGAGUGAGAGGAUGUCGACAAGCAGUGGCAAGCCGCUCCUCGUCGUGAUCCGCCGGAGCAAGCUCUCCGUAGGAGAUGAGGGCCGCCGCAUCUGCACAGAGUUCAAGCAGGCCAAGUACCCCUUCAAGUGGAGAAGGUACAUGUGCGCUAGGUGUGGGGUGCUCCGUGAGGAGCACAACGCCUGCAAGAGCAAGCUCUCCGCAGGAGAUGGGGGCAAGCACGACACCAGCAAGAGCAAGCUCCCUGCAGGAGAUAAGGGUGAGCAAUCCACUGACAAGUACAAGCUCUCUGCAGAAGAUGAAGGUGAGCGCAGCGCCAACAAGAGUAAGAUAUCUGCAGGAGAGGAGGGCGAGCGUUUCUGCACCGAGUUCAAGCAGGCCAAGUACCCCUUCAAGUGGAGAAAGUACAUGUGUGCCAGGUGCGGGGUGCUCCGUAGCGAGCAUGGCGUCAGCAAGGCCAAGGCCAAAGUGGACGACGACACGGAGAAUAUCAAGGAGGAGGACCUGCCGCCACGCAAGAGGCUCAUUCUCAGGUUCAAACGGUCACAGGCCCUUGCUGCUGCUGCUUCUGCCACAUCCAGGGAGAAGGAGAACAAGGAGGGGGAGCUAGAGGAAGGGGAGAUCAACUGGAGCCCCGGCGCGACGAUCGCCAAGGGGAAGAGAGCCCCAAGGAGAAAGCGCUAGGAUGCACCGUGAACUGAGCAAUGCACCAAUUGAGAACUUGUUAUAUGUGAAUCUCUUUAGCUACGUGAAACAACUUGUGUACUGGUCCGAUGUUCACUUCUUUAACUUCGACCAA